UUAAUUAUAUUUAGGUUUAACUAACUACAUGUAUGCUGAUCCGAAUUCACUAAAUUUUAUAUAGAAUAGAUAUACACACUAUUUAUCUAGAAUGAACAUAUAAUAAUAAUAUUUAUUAUUAUUAUUAUUAUUAUUAUUAUUAUUAUUAUUAUUAUUAUUAUUAUUAUUAAGAAAGCUGUAAACUAAUCCAACUAAACCAAAAGAGCGAUCCAAAAAUAGGAUGUUGGCUGCCGAACCCAUGAAAACAAAACAAUAUACGUUCAAAAAUAGGAUGUGUAAUCAUGAUCUCUAACCCAAAACAAUAACAAGAAUAAAAAAAGGAAAAAGAAAACUCUCCCUAUAGACAGAGACCAAAUGCGUUGUCAUAAGAAAAUUUGCAACAUGUGAACACCUAAUCUGUCUUGGCCGUAAACCCAAUUAUCAAUAAUUGAAUGGUUUACACAUGAAAACUAUUUUUUCUCUGUUCCAUCAAAUUACAUGACAUAAGUCGCAAACCCAUACCAUCUCAUCCAUUAACAACCGCUCCCCCAUUUCUCGAUGGAGGGGCGGGUGCCGCCUUCCUCCGCCGCUGCUGCCGACAAUAUCGAAGAGUCAUCGGGCGCCAAUAAUGAAUUGGACCCUUCGUCAGAACCACCACUCCCACGGCUCCCAGAAACGUACGUAAUCCAAAUCCCCAAGGAUCAAAUUUAUCGUGUACCACCUCCAGAGAAUGCCCGAACAGCCGAACUACGUUUACGUAAACCUCUAAACAAUUCUAAAGCUCGUAAGAGCACCAACCGUGCAUGCCUAUUCCUGCUAUGCAUAGUAAUAACAUUACUGGUGGUGGGCCUCGUAAUUGGGCUAACUCUGUUGGUUAUGUUCUGUUCUUUGAGCCUUAAACCUCCCAAGUUCUCGGUUGAAAAUGUGCAUCUCUUGAAUCAAUCAGAAAACUCUACUAAUGAUUUUAUUAAUAGCAGUAGUAGUAAUAAUAAUAAUAAUAAUUUACAAUCUUACGCUGUGUACGUGAAGGUAGACAACAUAAACUCCAACACUGGAAUCUCGUACCAACAAGAAGGUAGCGUAACGUCGUUGACUUUUAGAGAUAAGAACAUCGGUAAAGGAACGUAUCCUUCAAUGUUUCAAACAGGGGAUUUUAACAGCACCACCGUACGCCUCGUCCUUGAUGGAUCCAAAGGAGUGUUUAUGCAUGAGGAGAAAUUACGUGAACAAGAUUUUAAUAAGGAUAAGUUACCUAUUGCUCUGAGUUUGAAAUUAGAUAUUCCUAUUCGGAUGUAUGUUUGGAUCUUGGAGAUUUGGAAGAAAGAGAUUUUUGUUGGUUGCAAGAUCAAGUUAACGGGUUGGAACUCCAAAAAUUCUAAAGUCAUCCAGGGUGCUUGUCAUACCAAGUUCAGGUCUUGAUCAGAUAUAUAUAAAAUAUAUGCGUUUCUAUAUUAUAUAAAUGUUAUUUUUCAUUCAUUAGUUGGUGUACGUUUUUGUGAUAUUGAUGAGAGUAUUGAUUUGGCAAUUCAUUUUACACAA